AUGGGGCACUCAGACGUUGUCCAGUGCCUCUUGGAAGACGACCGCAUAAGAUCCAGUGCCUCGCAGCAGGAUAACCAUGGCUGGUCCAUUCUUCACCUAGCCGUUCAUAGUCAAGAUCUGGCCACUAUUCAGGUCCUACUUGACAGCUUUGCUAUCGCAGAACCUUCAGCGCUGGUCGACGAGAAUGGGCUUACUGCGGAAGAAUGGCUAGAUCUCGAGCCAACCAGCUACUUGUACAAAGCCACCAGUAACUUAGCCUUUAGCAAGUCACGCUGCUGCAGAGCCGUCACAGGCCUACGGCAAGCUGUUCUCACCGGCAGUGUUCCUAUGAUCAGACUCCUCCUCAGACUCGGUCACGACGUCAACGGCAUAGAUUCCGGAAGACGGACCGCGCUCUAUUACGCGGUGAAGAAGAGCAUGUUUGCAAUGGUGGACCUUCUCCUCGAUAUGGGUGCAGAUCCCAAUAUCCUCCCCAUGGGACGCAGAUCUUGGAAGGAAUUUGUCGCGGAUGACCGGGUGUUGCGACGGCUC